AACACAAGCCCCGCCGACGGCUUUCCUAGCUUGCCUUUCUACUUUGCGACGCUCCUUCGGUUUCCUUGGCCAGCGAAGUUGCCUGUGAAGAAAACAUGAUCAUCUUGUGCCCAGGAGGGUUCUGUGGCAUGACCCCCAAGGCCGGGGCCACUGUAGCUGCGGUCUACAUGAUCCUAGUGACCAACAUGUACCUGAUCUUUGAGGUUGGCCACUUUGAACGAGCAAUGACUGACAUGGCGCAAAUCACGCCCUUUAACAUGACCAAGCUGGGGAAGAUGCUACCAUAUUGCUACUAUACAGCCAUCACGCUGGCCGUCAUGACUUACCCGGUGUGUGUCUUCCUCAUCUACUCAGUCCACAAGCGGCACUACAAGGGGUUGUUUGCCUAUGUCGCAUGGAUCACCUUCUAUGACCUGGCUAACUGCUUCGUCGUGGCCCUGUCUUAUCAGGUCUCCAAAGAAGCCUGGUUUUCCCUCAGCCCCCUUGAGUGGUUUGGGUUGGCCACCAGGAUCCCCAUGGAUUGCUUCUGGCUCUCCUUCGUUGUCACAUAUGCCCUGAUGAUUAUUGAAAGCAAAGGGAAAGGAAGGCUGUCACUCAGGCUGAGGCAGAUCUCUAAGAACGUGUCAGAACCACCCAAGUUUAGGUUCAGCUCCACUGCUAGAAAAGGCGUGUGA